UCGGUCGAAUAACUAGACGAAUCAUCUCACGCUCCGGGAAUGGGAUCUUUACUGGGUUCAAAGAAAAACUUCCAAUUUUUUCGAGUUUACGCUUUGCAGAGGCUACUUUUCAAGCUGCAGGGAUAGUUGUUACUGCAGGUGCAGGGUGACACCAUCAGAAGGUCACUGUCCAAUGACUUCGAAGACGCAUCAGAAGUUGUCAGGGAGGUUCAGACGCUAGAAAUUAGUUUAACAUCGUAAAGUGGGCUUAUAUGAGUUAAACGCGAUUACUUAAACUGAGGCGUGCGUAAAAUAUUUGUGCGUAAAGUUGGUGCUGUUGCGCACGGUUAAAAUUUUAAAUAGUUGAGUCCUCGAAGGGCAGGUAAUACAAGAGCGUGUAAAAUACAUCAGAUUAGUUAAGUUUUAAAUCUUUGAGAAGUGUUGAUACUUUGACAAUCAUGGCAAAAUGGUUCAAAGAUUUCCCCAUAAACCUGAAGAACGGGAAUGAACGGGUACGCUCGGCCUCCGAAUCUGGUCCCCAAACACGUCCCAAACCUUCAUUUUCUCGAGACAGUCUGAAGGGAAAUCAGCGUAAAGAUGGCGGAGUGGGGGGUCUACUGGCAGGGAGAAAUAGGAAAAAUUCGGCUACAGAGUUGGGUCGUAACAACACAGGAUCUGGUGGGACAGUCUGGGAUACUCUCACACCUGGAAAAGGUCGCAAGAACUCCAAGAUCGAAACAUCAGAUGAGAACCGUCCGGUCAGGACCUCUAGUCUGGCACAAGCGUACAUCAGCAGGAUGAUCAAAGUGGACAAGCAAGACAAGACCCCCAAACUCAACGGGAUAAGUGAACAGAAGAUGCCCGAGAGCGAAAAGGGAAAGUCUGACAUUAAAACAACGCUGAUUAUCCUGGAGGACUAUGCAGAUCCUUUUGAUGCAGAGAAAACCAAGGAGCAGAGGGAGGCUGAGAGAGCAGGAAUGAAUGAUGGUUACAUGGAGCCCUAUGAUGCCCAGGUCAUCAUCACAGAGGUUCGCAGACGGGGCUCCAAGGACCUCCUGAAAGUGUGUGUUCUCCUGGACCGAGGCCAGAGAAAGGGGAAAGGAGAGGAGGGCAAGCCCACGCCCCCAAAUAUCUAUGACACACCAUAUGAAGGCGGACAGGAGGGCGGCAGUGAGGGGGUGUGGAUCCCUGUCACACGGCCAGAGUCUGAUGUCCGUCCUGCUGGAGAGUACGAACUGCCCUGGGAGUGGAGAAAGGAGGACAUUGUUAGAGCUCUGUCAGCUCAGUUUGAGGCAGUGGAUUGUUCUCCCAGUAAAGAGAAUGGUUCAACCACUGGCCAGCAGCAGCCACAGCAGCAGCAGCAACAACAACAACAGCAGCAGCAGCAGCAGCAGCAACAGCAGCAGCAGCAGCAGCAGCAGCAGCAGCAACACACUCUGAGACAGAAGAGCUGGAACCACAAAACACUUGUAUCCUCUUCUUCAUCCUCCUCCUCUUCUCCCUCCUUUCCCUCCUCUCCUAUCCUCAAACUCUCCCCUCUCACACCCCCUUCUCCUUCCUUCCCCACCCUCAAACUCUCACCCCUCUCACCCUCCUCCAGCCCCAACAAACUUUCACCUCCCUCACCUACCUCCCCUGGAGCCCCACUGGAUGGGGAGGCAGCCAAAGUGGAGCCAAACUUGCCGCUGGAGAAGCAGAGCUGGUACCAUGGCAGUGUGAGUCGGCAGCAGGCUGAGGCUCAGCUGCAGCGCUGCAGGGAAGCCAGCUUCCUGGUGAGAGACAGCGAAUCAGGAACCAGCAAGUACUCCAUCGCUCUGAAGACCAGCCAGAAUUGUGUGCACAUCAUUGUGGCCCAGACUAAGAGCAGUAAGGGCUUGGGCUACACACUGGAUCAGAGUAGCUGUGUCUUCUCCAGUAUCCCCGAGCUGGUCCACCACUACCACACGCACAGACUGCCUUUCACCGGAGCGGAGCACAUGACCCUGCAGCAUCCUGUGCUCAGGUCACACUGACCAUGCACAGACGACAAAUAAACACAUUGGGACACAAAUGCACACGAGAUACAUAUGACACAUAUAUGCACAAACGCGCACAGAUACACACACAUAAACUUGCUAAUACAUGUGCAUACACACAUACUCAAAGACAUGCUGCUUGGGAUUCUCUGGUGUACUACUUAAAUAAAUCUAUAUUAUUAACUUUGGGCAUGUUUGCGCUGUCUACAUGCGCCACCUAGUGGUCAAAUCAGAUACUACAAUGACCAGAAUUUCAUAUUUUUGCAGUGCUGCCAGUUUGCAGUCUAAAAUCAACAAAACACACAACAGCAGGCACACACGGGCUAUACUGAAUUCAUUUACAGAUACAGGAAAACCAUCCCUUCUUCCACUGCUGAGUGUAUUUGCCCAUUGACGGACUUCACAGACUGUAAAUACCAUGCAAACCAAACUGAUUUCUGCAAUACCUAAAACAAUGCACUGCAUUUAAUGUAAUCAAUUUAAAAUUUCAAAGAAAGUGCAGAGGCUUAUGAUAAACACAGAGGUGCUGAUAUAAUCGAUUAGCACCAUGCCUGUCAGUUAGGCUUUGGUCUAUAAGAUCAAUACACCUGAUUGGAGUAUAUUUAUUCAUCCAUCUGACAUGUCAAUCACCCUAUCGAUCCAUGGUGAAAAUAAGGGUCAUUUGCCAACCACUCUGUCUGUCAAGAGAAAGAGCUGUAUUGAUUAGAUGAUUAGAAUUAGUGUAGUGGGAGGGGUCUUAUAACAUUACAGUACCCAAUAGGCAAAAAUGUUUAAGUGCACAAAUAAAUAUGUGAAUAUCAUGUCGAUUCUUGUGCCCUCGCUGUAAUCUAAAUAUGACGUUAUGAAAAAGCUAUCUUACUUAUUGUGAGCCCUACCUUAACCUAAAUAUGCAUAAAUGAUGUAUGUAUGAGGUGAUUGUUGGAUAUUGUCCGAUUUAUUUCAACCACACCAUGAUGUGGGCUGUAUAUUAUUGUUGUGAGACAUUUAUUCAGCAAAUAAAGGAAAUUUGAGUUUAACUGAAGACAAACCAUUUUAUUAAUAGAUAAGCUGCUAGCACAAGUCAAGGCAAGGUUUCAGGGGAAAAGCCACUGAAACAGAGAUGAGAAUCUAACCAGGAUGAAUCUGUGUGCUCUUCUGAUGUAGCUGUAAAACCAUUGACCUGAGUGUGAAAUCAAUUACAGUUACACACACACACGCAACCUCACACAUGCUCACACAUUCAAACAUGAGCACACAUUUGAGCACGCAUACAAAAUGCAAAGAUAGAUAGCGUUCACACAAAUAGCAUUUACUCACACAACCUUUUUUCCCCAAACGGUGGUGUAUUUAAAACCUUGCCAACACAGACACACACACACACACAUAAGCUUUAUCCCCACAAUGGAUGGAAGCAUGGAAGCACAUGUUUGUGGUAAGAUAUGUCUUACCAGUAAAUGUGUAUUUUUUUGCAUCACUUAGAGAGUCAGUGUGUGGGUGAUGUGUGUGUGUGUGUGUGUGUGUGUGCGAGUGUGAAUGUGCCCAUGUGUGCAUGCAGCCCUGUUGUGUGUGUGUGUGUGUGUGUGUGUGUGUGUGUGUGUGUGUGUGUGUGUGUGUGUGUGUGAGUGAGAGAGAGAGAGAGAGAGAGAGAGAGAGAGAGAGAGAGAGAGCGAUAGAGAGAGACUUUUUCUGUUCAGGGAUUACCAGGUUGCCAUGGUGAUUAGUUAGAGUGAGGUUGGGCCAUCUCUACAGGGAUUGAGGAGAGGGAGGAGAGAGAAAUAAGAGAAAAGAGGGAGGAGAGACAGACUGCAAUAUAAAAUGAGCUAUGAAUAACCGUGGCCAUAGUAGCAAUAUAACUCCCCCACAGAAUAGCCCGUUCGGUUUGUGAAUGGAGAAUGGCAACAUGUAAUGUCAGAGCAGACAAAAAGUCUAGUAAGUGAUAAGUAAUUCACUGCUGUUAUUGUCAGCUCACAAAUCAGAUUUUUGUUGUACUCUAUUGAUUACACGACCACUCGUCAGGGUUCAGAGUGCAUGGUCGACUCCAGAACAAAUGUGUUUGUUGCUCAAAGACACUUCAGCGAGGCAGUUUUUUCAUACAUUUGCACCCAGGUUUUCAUGUUUUCAGGGGGAGCCAUCUCUAAACUUGGCCAUCCUUCUGUCCACAAACGUGUCACAAAUGGUAUUACACAACAACAGACACUGCUAACCGUCACCCUUCCUUCCAUCCGUGUGAUCUGUUGUAGUUAGUUCUCUAUGUUCUCUUAAUUAAAUCACAAAGUAGGUCAAAAUAAACAGUAAGCCCGAGGUGUCAGACGUACGAUUCUUCUAGUGUUUUUCAGUCUGUUUUUGGGAGUGUUGAAUUUGGUCUCCAUCCAAUUUUAUAUUCCUGGUUUCUAACAUCAUUCUUAUGCAUAAUAUGUAUCAUUCUGCAUUGUGGACAUUUUUUAACUAGUUAGUGAUGAAUUAAGUACGUAAAGUAGCAACACUAAAAACUAAAAAUGCUCUGUUACAAGUUAAAGUCCUGCAUUCAAAAUGUGCUUAAAGUAUUAAAUCACUCAUUAUGUAGUAUAAUGUCACUGUUAUAUUGUAUUAUUUUCACUAUUAUUGUUGAUGCAUAAAUAUGUAAUCACCAUUUAAUUGUUGCAAGUUGGAGCUAACAUACUUUUUGUGCCGUACAGAACAUCAUGUUUUGUAAGAAUAUCAUACAUUUUCUAAUGUAUGUAGUGAAAUAAAAGUAUAAUAUUGCCUCUAAAAUGUAAUGAAGUAAAUUUACUUGGUUACAUCUGA